AUUUCCGGUGAAAGUAAUGGCAUCUGUGUGCCAUGCAGUUUUGAAACGACAAUGUCUAAGAAAUAAUCCUUACAACCGGCCUCAGUGGUUGUUGGGAGCAACCACUGUUUAUGCACAGAAAGACAAACGCAUGUUAUGUUGUGCCAGUGCAAAGUUCCAUAGAAAGCAUCAAUUUCAAACACCGUCUUUUGAUAAAUCUAACUGCAAAAUAUUUUGUUAUUUAAAUAGUUUAGGUAAUUUUUAUUGCUAUUUCAACCAUGUGCAAAGUAAUAGAUUUAUACACACUUCAAGAAAACUACAUUCACCUAAAGGCAAGAGGAAGGAUACACACCGGUAUCAGAAGGAUGAUGCAGAAUUACUAGGAGAAGAUAAUGAUGAGUCUGAUGAAGAACUGGAUUCUGAUGAUGAUGAUGAUGGUGAAGUGGAGCUUGGUGAUGAUGUUGAGGAAGAGACAGAUGGGCCAGAAGACUUUAGAACGAUGAACAUUACAGUGAAAACUGUGAGAGUAGAUUCCUUGGUGGCACACGGUCUUGGCAUUUCAAAUAAGCAAACAGAGGCACUGUUUUUAGGAACAAAAAUCCUUGUCAAUGGUGAGAAAAUUCGGAAGAAAGCUAGAAGAGUUAAAGUGGGUGAUAUUCUAGAUGUAAUUGGAGAAGGGCAGGAAAGUAAUAAAAAAAGAAGAGUAAAAGUUCUUUCAAUUGACACUGAAAACGUAACUAAAAAAGGGAGAGCACAAGUCACAAUAAGAGCUUGGAGAAAUCCUUUUGAGUAGUUUCUUUUCCUGAUGCAGGAAAG